UGAUCCGCCGUGGAGGAGCCCUGGGCGGACGAUGGAACUGCACAUUCUGGAACACCGGCUGCAAGUUGCCAGCGUCGCCAAGGAGAGUAUCCCGCUCUUCACCUACGGCCUCAUCAAACUUGCCUUCCUGUCUUCCAAGACCAGGUGCAAGUUUUUCAGUCUGACAGAGACCCCUGAGGAUUACACCAUCAUCGUAGAUGAGGAGGGCUUCCUUGAGCUGCCCUCCUCAGAGCACCUGAGCGUGGCUGAUGCCACCUGGCUGGCCCUGAACGUGGUGUCUGGUGGCGGGAGUUUCUCCAGCUCCCAGCCCAUCGGUGUGACAAAGAUUGCCAAGUCUGUCAUCGCCCCACUGGCUGACCAGAACAUCUCCGUGUUUAUGCUGUCCACCUAUCAGACUGACUUCAUCCUGGUGCGAGAGCGUGACCUGCCCUUCGUCACUCACACCUUGUCCUCGGAGUUCACCAUCCUACGGGUUGUCAAUGGAGAAACGGUCGCGGCUGAGAACCUCAGCAUCACCAAUGGCUUUGUGAAGCCCAAGAUGGUCCAGAGGCCAGUGAUCCACCCACUAUCCAGCCCAAGCAACAGGUUCUGCGUCACCAGCCUGGACCCUGACACGCUGCCCGCCGUUGCCACCCUCCUCAUGGAUGUGAUGUUCUACUCCAAUGGAGUGAAGGACCCCAUGGCUGCCAGUGACGAUUGUGGCCACAUCCGCUUCUUCUCCUUCUCACUCAUCGAGGGUUACAUCUCACUGGUGAUGGAUGUACAGACCCAGCAGAGGUUCCCGAGUCAUUUGCUAUUCACGAGUGCAUCUGGAGAGCUCUGGAAGAUGGUGCGAAUAGGAGGACAGCCCUUGGGAUUCGAUGAGUGUGGGAUUGUAGCCCAGAUCUCCGAGCCCUUGGCAGCUGCAGACAUCCCAGCAUAUUACAUCAGUACUUUCAAGUUCGACCAUGCGUUGGUUCCAGAAGAGAAUAUCAGUGGGGUUAUCCAUGCCCUGAAGGUCAGUCAAGCAGGGAAGCAUUAGAAAAGAUUCGUCUCUGGGCUCCUCCCUGCCACAGCCCACCUGGGCCUUUCCCCUCCACGAAGGUUAUUCUUGCAGUAUUUCCCUAUGGACUGAAAGCUCGGCCCCAGGACCUUUAAGGAAGGGGCCUCUGGGACACUCCCCCGAUUCCUGACUCCUCCAGGCCUGGGCCUAAACUAAGGCCACCCCUACAGACUCCCCCUGCCUUCCAGAGUCCCCAGCCUUUUCAAUAAUGACUCAGUUUCCCCUCAGUGGGGAUGUGCCCAUCUUCCUCCCCCAAGUUCCACCCCAGAAAGUGGUCUCCGAGGCCCAGGGCACUUGGGAACAGCCGAAGGCCUCACAUACAGCCUGCAGCAAACACCAAAGGAAGCUGGCACCUCCCACGAGACAUUGGAAUUGGGGUCCUGAUGCACCUAGGGACAUCUUAGGGAGUUGGUGGAGCAAGAUUGAGGGUGCAGAGCUGGGGAAGCCCCCGUGAGGCCCCCAAGAUUGAUGGUUAUGGUUGCUGCUCUAGUUUUAAAGGCUCAGGGGCUGGUUCCCUCAGAUUGGAGGCCAGUAGGCCACCCUCAGGUCAUAAUGGCCGGUGAGCCUCAGACAGUGGCAGUGGGGUCCCUACCCCUAAGCUGGGGAGGAAAACCAAGACCCUAGACCAACUGCUGACCACACAGGGCCUGUGUCAAUUUUCCUCUAGAACUGCCAAGAGGGGCCCUGGGCCAAACUUCCCCUCCAGAGCACUUGUCCCUGGGGAGGAUCCCAAGACACCUCCUCUCCCACCAGCCUAGAGUGCCAGCUUCUACCUGUCCUUUGUUCGCUCUCCCCAGACCCCACAUGGCUAAGCAAAGACUCAGCUUCUUCCAGCAAUGGGCACCCCCACCUGCCCAGGCCUAGGGUGCCUUGGGCCAUGUCCCACCUCCCCAGCUAUCACUUAGACCAGCCUAGAGAAUUCCCCUUCAUCCUCUCUACUUUAGGGGAUGAAGAGACCUCAGCCCCUGCAGCUCAUAUACCUGCCUGAAAUACACACAGCAGUCAGUGGUCAUGGUGGUACCCAGGAGGCCACUAUCUUCAAGCAUUUGUAGGGAAAAAUUACACUUGCGGGUUUCUUCUUCGUUGGUUUUGCAUACAGGUAGCUGGGGAAAGAGUAGUUUUGUUUGGAGGGGCUGGGGCCUGUUUGAGUCUUAUUAGGGUGCCCAGGGGUCAGUGGAACUUAGCACCCUGUGGCUCCGGGGACAGACACAGAUGCAAAGAUGUAUCCUAAGAAUCUUGGCUUCUGAGGAAGGCUUUUGGGAGCAGAGUUCUGACACAAGACACCAGUACCCCAUAGCACCCCCUACAGGGCAUCCCAGUGUAUCGCCACCUGUGUGUGGCGCUGUUAGCUGGAACUGCGGGGUCCACUAGACUUCUUGCUCUUGGGGUGGAUUCUCAGGCCUGUGCGCGGUCUCCAACAACAAGGUCAGAGGGGGGAAUGUUUAUUUACCCCUGCACAGUCUUGUACAAACUCUGUUUCUCUCCUCUCUGGGCCGCAGAAACACACUGGGUGGAAGAACUAUUCUAGAACCCUGUAGAAGCUCAGAACCCAGCAUGUUAAUCAAAAUCA